AUGGCAACAAACUCAGUUUCUACAACGAAUUUAGAAUCAGCAAUAUCAACUGGUUUAUCGAUAACUGAAAAUGAUCUAAAUGAUUUAAUUAAAAUACAAGGAGAUCUUGUAAGAAAGCUCAAAGCCGAAAAAGUUCCAGCGGAACAGAUCAAGGAAGCUGUCGCUAAAUUAGUAAGUUUGAAACAAGAACUUGCUGCUCAUCACCUAGCGGUGAAUGGAGAAGAAAAAACUACGGGUGGUGAUAAACUUCUUAAAUGUCCUCGAGGCACACGUGAUUAUCAUCCUGGCCAAAUGAAAGUUCGUGAGGAAGUAUUUCGAAUAAUUACUGAUAUUUUUAAACAGCAUGGCGCCGAAACAAUUGAUACUCCUGUUAUGGAGCUUACCUCACUUCUAACGGAGAAAUAUGGUGAAGAUUCGAAACUUAUUUAUGAAUUAAAAGAUCAAGGUGGUGCAGAACAAUUAGCAUUACGUUAUGAUUUAACUGUUCCAUUUGCACGUUAUCUUGCCGAAAAUGGAAUUUCUAGCAUGAAACGAUAUCACAUAGGCAAAGUUUAUAGACGUGACAAUCCAAAAAUGACACGAGGUCGUUAUAGAGAAUUUUAUCAAUGCGAUUUUGAUAUAGCUGGUGAUUUUGAUGUCAUGGUAGCUGAUGCAGAAUGUAUUAAAAUUGUUGUCGAAAUUCUUGAUAAACUUGAUUUGGGACAAUAUAAAAUCUUUGUUAAUCAUCGUAAAUUGCUUGAUGCUGUCUUUGCUGUGUGUGGUGUUCCGGAUUCACACUUUCGUCCAAUAAGCUCAGCAGUUGAUAAACUUGAUAAAACACCAUGGCCCGUUGUUCGAGAUGAAAUGAUUAAUGAAAAAGGUUUAGCACCAGAGAUAGCCGAUAAAAUUUGGAGUUAUGUUCAAAUGCAUGGAAAUGCUGAUUUAAUAAAUAAACUUCGAACUGAUGCUCAAUUGAUGUCUCAAAAAAUAGCCACUGGUGCAUUGAAUGACCUUGAAACACUUUUUCGUUAUUUAUCAUUAUAUGAUGUUAUGGAUAAGAUAACAUUCGAUUUAAAAUUAGCUCGUGGUUUAGAUUAUUAUACAGGGGUUAUCUUCGAAGCUGUUCUGACCAACUAUCAGUAUGAUCCACAGUUAGGUGAAGAUCAAGUUGCUGUUGGAAGUGUAGCUGGUGGUGGAAGAUAUGAUGAGCUUGUUCACAAAAUUGAUCCAAGACAACGACGUGUGCCCUGUAUUGGUGCAAGUAUUGGUGUCGAAAGAAUAUUUGCAAUUAAAGAACAUCAAAUGGCCAAAUCAAAAAUUCAAACAAAAACUGUUGAAACCGAAAUUUAUGUUGCAUCAGCUCAAAAGAAUUUAAUUGAAGAACGUAUGAAGCUGUGUGGUUAUUUGUGGGCAAACGGUUUUAAGGUGGAAAUGGCAUUGAAACGUAAUCCAAAAAUACUUGAUCAAUUACAAUAUUGUGAAAAAAAUCAAGUUGAACUUUGUGUUAUUGUUGGUAGUUCUGAAUUAGAAGCUGGUACAGUAAAAAUUCGUGUUGUAAAUACACGAGAAGAAUUUCAAAUUCCACGUGAUCAAUUAACUGAACAACUACGAGUUUAUCUUAACAAAGUUCGACAACAAUUACAAGAAUCCUCUUCAAAAACUAUCAGCAACUAA